AUGAACGUUCGAAAAUUUGAAGAAACCGCCAUUGGGGUUAAAUUAUUGACCGCAGGUAGCGCUGCAUGUAUCGCCGACAUUGUUACGUUUCCUUUGGAUACAUCAAAAGUUCAAGGUGAAGGAAAACAAUUAAUCAUUGGGGAAAAACGAAUUUUUCAUUAUAAAGGAGUUUUUAAUACAAUAUCAACAAUAGUUAAAGAAGAAGGACCAAGAAAUCUUUACAAAGGUUUAUCAGCUGGUCUUCAACGUCAAAUGUGUUUUGCAUCAGUUCGAAUUGGAAUGUAUGAUAAUGUCAAGAGCUUUUAUCAAAAUUUAAUUAAUGAGAAAAAAUUAAACAAUUUAUUGGAUGUUCUAACUAAAAUCAGUGCGGGAAUCACAACCGGUAUCUUAGGUGUACUAGUUGCACAACCUACGGAUGUGGUCAAAGUUCGAUUUCAGGCACAACAAGGAAAUUUAAAAAGUAGAUAUAAAUCUACUGUUGAAGCUUAUAAAUGUAUAUUUAAAGAAGAAGGGAUUCGAGGAUUAUGGAAAGGAAUGUAUUCUAAUAUGGCAAGAAAUACUAUUGUUAACGUAUCAGAAAUUGUUUGUUACGACAUUGUUAAAACAUCAAUAUUAAAAAAAAAAUUAUUUGAAGAUAAUAUUUAUUGUCAUUUUACAUCAGCAUCAAUAACAGGUUUAGCCACAACGAUAGUUUCAUCACCGGUUGACGUUAUUAAAACAAGGUACAUGAAUUCAAUACCUGGACAGUAUACAAACGCUCUCGAUUGUGCAUUUAAAACAAUUAAAAUGGAGGGAUUAUCUGCACUUUAUAAAGGUUUUACUCCUUCGUUUUAUAGAUUAGUAUCGUGGAAUAUUGUUAUGUGGGUCACAUAUGAAAAGUUAAAAAUACUUGCUGUAAAUACUUUUUACUAA